AUGAAGUUCGCCUAUCUCGCUGCAGCAAGCACCGUCCUUGCCAUCACCAACGCCGCCGCCCUCAAGUUUCCCCGCCAGCUGGCCGCCGGAACCACGCAACUUCAAUGCAACGGCACAUCAGCCGCCGAGUGCAGCCAGGCAUGGUGGACGCUUUGUUCCCCAUCUGGCCACAUCGUCAUGCCAGCUCCAGUUACAUGGAAGAAUGGCGAUUGCACUGACCUCAACUGCCAGUGCACUGAACCCCAUCUUCCAAUACCUACGGAAGUAGCAGCGGUGGUUCCUAUUCACGGAAGCCCUACGGUCACGCACAAGCGUCCGCAUGGAACGCCCCACCCUCACACGAAGACAAUUGAUCCUGGUCCAAAUGCAACUCCCUUGGCUGGAAGUUACAUUUGGAGGCGUGGAAAUGAAGAGAGAGACGACGACCACCUUCAACCACUGACAGAAGCUGCCGUAGUUCACACGCAUUCGCAUCACAGCGCUACAGCCACUCCUACGCGUCGGCAUGGAACUCCUCACCCUCACACCAAGACGCUUGAUCCUGGUCCUAAUGCAACCCCGCUUGCUGGCAGUUACAUCUGGAAGUAA